AUCCGAUCGAACUCCAAAGGUCAAGAGUCUAGUCACCAUGCAGCUGACUUCCAUCGCUGCCGUCGCGCUUCUGGCGCAGAAUGCCGCCGCCCAGUUCGGCAACACCAUGCUGCGGUUCGCCUGCUCCCAGCUGGUUGUCGAUCGUAUCGACCCUCUCGUCAACCCGGGCAUGAAGUACACUCCCCACCUUCACCAGCUGGUCGGAGGCAACUCGCUCAACGUCUCCAUGGACAUUGAGAAGCACGACUUGGCCUCGUCCACCUGCACGUCCUGCACGUUCAAGGAGGACAAGUCCAACUACUGGACUGCCGUCAUGUUCUACAAGGCCAGGAACGGCACCUACAAGCGCGUUCCCCAGGUCGGAAACGGCGGCCCCCAAGGAAAGCUGAUCAACAAAGGUGGCCUUGACCUCUACUACAUCCCCAGUGGCAAAGUCACUGCUUUCAAGAAGGGCUUCCGUAUGCUGGCUGGUAACGCGGCCAACACCGACGCGUCAAAGGUCCAGAAGGCAAACAUCUGCCACCGCUGCUGGACCUCGCCGAACGAGAACACCUUCGUCGGCGGCGCUCCCUGCACCGGCUCCGACACUGUUGAUAUUCCCAGCUCCAAGUCCUGCAAGAUGAUCCGGCAGACCAUCAUCUUCCCCACUUGCUGGGAUGGCAAGAACCUGGACAGCCCCGAUCACCAGACCCACGUCGCGUACAGCUCGGGCUCGGGCGCGACCGGCGGCGGCGCGUGCCCCUCGUCCCACCCCGUCAAGCUCCCGCAGAUCAUGUACGAGCUGAUGUGGAACGUGACUGAGUUCGCCAACAGCGCCGACUACCCGUCGGACGGCUCGAACCCCUACGUCUACAGCAUGAACCUCGGCGGCCCCGCGGCCCACGGCGACUACAUCUUCGGCUGGGAGGGCGACACGCUCCAGAAGGCCAUGGACAACAUCAACCGCUGCGGGCUCAACACGGACUGCACCGCCGCCGGCAUCCACGCCCAGACCCCGGACCAGUAUAACGCCUGCACCAUCAAGCAACAAGCGCCCGAGGAGGUCGACGGAUGGCUCGCUGCUCUCCCCAUGGGCGAGAUGGCUAUCAAGGCUUAGACGCACGUCGUCGCGCGAGGGGCAGGGAGGUAUUAAUCGUGCC